AUGUGGAGACCAUCAAGACAAAGUAGAGAUCCAUUAGAUGAAAUUCAAGGUGGUCAACGUAUAUCCUUACCUACUUCUUCUACACCCGCCCCACCCGUUCUUACCCUACGAGCAAGAUCCGCCCCUGUCUUACUUCGUCAAAGAUCUGGUCUCACACAAGGUGAUAUAAGACCUCCUGAGAAUGUACAAGGUCAAAGGGUUUUGGGAAAUGGGGAAGGAGUUUUCGCACCGGAUAGUAUCACUUUAGGACAGUUGAAAGCUCAUACGGCUGCUAUGCCACAGAAGCAGAAGGUGACUUGGACAGAAGCCACCGCGGCAGAGCGGAGAUCGUAUAUCGAAAGACAGUUGGAAUAUCUUGAAUCACCUCUUGAUGAGAUGCGUGGUUUUGCAGGAUGGGGUCUUCAGUAUUUAUUACUUGGAAACUUCACUGAGACGCCAACCCCGGAAUUGCAAUUACAUUGGAUCAUGCAGAAUGCCAAGAUGAUCAGAGAUGCAGAUGGGGUAGUCCUUCUCGUUACCAGUUUAAGGGAUGCGAGCAAACGAUAUAACGCCUGUCGAGCACAACUAGGCAGAGCCGCUGAAGAUCGGCACGAAUAUACAGAAGAAUUACGACGAUUAAUGACUUUGUUGUAUUUUAUUGUGGAGGUUUUCCGCACCGACGAAACUUUUGGAGAUGAAUUGAUGUCUAUGAGUCCUUGCUUGCUUUUGGUCCUGUUCGAUAUGUUAGCCGGUUUGAAAGAAAGGCCGCCAGGCGGUUAUCCUUUCAAGAAACUUCUUCUCCUACUUUGGAAAACCCUUCUCGCCUGUUUGGGAGGAAUGAACGACGCCACCAAAGCUCAUGCUCUCACACGUGAACUCGCUGGCCUUGGACCUGAAAUCAAGCAUUUCACCAAAGCCACUCCCAUCGACAUUUCUUCAUUCCGACAAGAUACAUCUAUAAAAUAUCCCACUUUUUCACCUUCACCAUCAUUCUCCAUUCCCGUCUCAAAUGAAAGAUUAGCAGAAGGUAUCAAACCUCUUCCCUCUCGACCAAACUAUUAUUCAACAGAAAUACCAGCUCCUUCUAAACCUCCUCCUGAAUCUGUAGCUCAACCACCACCCCAACCCACCCAACCUAUGCCAGGUACACCAGCUCCAUCACCUCCUCCCAGUCCAAUCCCAAUGAAACCUAAAAAACAACAAUUUCAAACUGAUCCGAAUAAACCUUUCGUUUUUCCCUUCUCGCGAUUAAGUCUGAAUGGUCCGGGCAGUUUGGUACCUUAUGCUAUUGACGAGGCAGAUAAAUUGUAUCAUAAACAUGCGUAUGUGAGUUUAGGAUUGUAUCAAAUGUGGACGGAGAGGGAAGAGUAUAUACGUGAGGAACGAGGGUUAGGACAGAAAGGGUUAUUGGGGUUGAGUUUUGAAGAUGAGGAAGAGGAUGAAGAGGCGGAAGAAGCUAUGAGGAGGGAAUGGAAAUAUGAAGAAGAAGAGGAAGAAGCAAAAGAAAGAGGAGAUAAAGAGGGUAUGAGAAUAGCUAAAGAGAAGAAGUUGGCGAGUAAAAGGUUACAUCGGGUUGAAGUUCUUUAUAAAGGAAUCUUACCAAACAUGCAAAAUUGCGUCAUAGCGAUUCUCAAGAUCUUACUUGCCAACGUCACAGGCCCAGGGAUGCAACAAGUACAGAUGAGUUUACAAGGUGCUACUUCACCUACAAACGAACAACCUCCUCAAUUACCUCCCCCUUACAACCCUUCCCCAGAGGCUAUAGACUUAGCACGUUCGAGUGAAGUCGUAUCUAAGGCCAUCUCUGCUAUUUUGAUCUUACUUUUGAAAUGGUUCAAAGCGUCUCAUUGUUUGAAAGCGCAUUAUUUCGCUCAACUAUUGUUCGACUCGAAUUGUCUGUUACUGGUUCUUAAAAUGUUGCCACCGAUUUUUACACAUUUAGGAGAACAAGAAGUGGAAUUGAUCACGGAAUAUUCUUGGAGGAAUUUCUUCGCCGCUAUCAAUUUUCUGAAAGUUUUGCAGAAGAUGACGAAACAUCGAUCUCAUAGGACUUUUAUGUUGAAUCAGUAUAAAGUUUCUGGAAUACUGAAAAGGAUGUUACGAAUACAACAACCUAUGAUGCAACUUCAAACACUCAAACUGAUCAAAAGUCAAAUGCCAUGGUGUGGUCGUAAAUGGCGACAAAGUGAGUUCUCGCAUUAUACCAUUUAUCCUUGUCUGAUACUGCUUGACAACAUGAAAGUCAUCACUUCCAUCUACCUAAACUGUCGUCCUGAUCUCCGUGACGAUUGGCUAUCAGGACAAGAUCACGAAAGUGAACUCGAAGGUGCUUUACCACAAGAAUCAGCUCUUCGAUCAUUAGUAGCAUUUUAUAACAAAAGACAUUAUUUAAUAUCUUCCAUACCUCUUCCUUCUCCUGAUCCAGCACAUAGACGAUCAGAUUCCACAUCAGCCGUCAUGUUGGAAGAUCCAGCAUUACAACCUCAUAAACCUCGAGCAUUAUCACAUUCAUCAAAUGAUGAUGUUUUCCCACCUAGAAAGAUUGGAUAUGAUCUAGGAUUGUUAUAUGAUCCAGAUGGUAUGAUCGAUUUUUGGUUGCAUGAAUAUGAAGAUGUUCUCGGGGAAGUAUUUGGAGGUGAAUGGGAAGAAGAUUGGGUGGCUGAUAGAGGUUUAGGUGGUGGGAUGGUUUGGGAUAAAUUAGGUGAAAUUAUGCGUGCUAAAGGUGGAAGAGAAGAUGAGAUUAGUGAUUCUGAAAGUGUUGUUUCGGUUGGAGAAUUGGGUGAAGGAGCGAGGAUGGGAGUUGGAGGGAUAGAAGGAGGUUUGUUUGUGAGGCGAGAAGAAGUUGAGAAUAAGAAUACAUGGGAGCAUAUGUCACCAGCAGCUCUUGCACUUUUACCACGUUCACCACAAGAAAGACGUCGUUCAUCAGGAGCCAACCAUAAUUCACCACUUCGGACCGUUCACGUAGGAGGUCCAUUGGAUAAUUCUCCUUUUGAUGAAGACGAUGAUAGAGAACCAGGUCCUAUGCCUUUGAAUAGAGGAACGAAGGAUGAAGAGGAUAGAGAUUAUAAAGCUGUUGAUGAGGUCGAAUGGGUGUUUGGGGAGUGA